GGGUCAAAUCGUAACCGCAUCGCGGAAAGACGUCAAGUCAGAAACAGCUCCUUCAAUCUACCUCGAAUUUUCUAUCAGAGCUGCCCUUUGAAGGUUUUCCGUAAAUUGGUAUUCUCGCUUUUUAAGUUUAAUAAGUUUGUAAAAAUAGGAACCACUAGCAGCAUGGCCGUUACUAAUGUGACCAGUGUUGAUCAAUACAAUAAAUUGAUAAGCUCGUCGUCCGUGUCCGUCGUAUUAUUUUCCGCUGAAUGGGCCGAACAGUGUAAGCAAAUACUCACGGUCAUGUCCGAGAUGUCCAAGCAGCCACAGUUCAGCGGUCUUCAGUUUCUGGACGUUCCCGCCGAAGAUUUAUCGGAGGUGGCACUUAAGCACCAGAUUGAUGCUGUUCCAACGGUCAUAUUCUUCAAAGCCGGUGGCACUGCAGUGGAUCGAAUUGACGGAGUGAAUAUUGCCGCAUUGACGACCAUGUGUCGCAAACUUGCCGGUGGUACCGGGGAUAAUGUGGGAAGCGGUGGAAGCUUGGAAGAUCGGCUAAAGGCACUGAUAAAUCGUGCCAAUGUGAUGAUAUUUAUGAAAGGGGACCGGAACACCCCGCGAUGUGGAUUUUCCAAGCAGCUGAUAGCGAUCAUCAAUGAGACGGGCGUACAGUACGACACGUUUGAUAUUUUGAGCGAUGAGGAGGUGCGACAGGGCCUGAAAACCUAUUCGGAUUGGCCAACCUAUCCCCAGGUGUACGUGAAAGGUGAACUGAUCGGAGGACUCGAUAUCAUCAAAGAAUUGUUGGCAGGUGGAGAACUUAACACGACUCUCAAUGCCUAAGAUAAUGGAAAGCACAGGCCAUGAUAAGUUGGUAAAGGUCAAAGGUGGUUGCUUCCACGAGAAAUGCAAGAACAAAGAAAUAAGGCUUUUCAAGGUGAAACAUAUUUUAAGGUUCUUGUACAAAAAAUGACUCAAUAAUUCAAAAGUUUGAAGCAA